CCCACCACGGCGCACACGGGCUCGGCAGCCAGAAACCACCCAAAAUCACCCCUGUUUCCGCCCAGAAACCGCGGCCCGCACGGGAUAUUUCCUUUCCUCUCCUUUCCCCUCCUCUUCCGUCCGCACGGCCGAAGCGAAGCAACUCCAGGCGAGGGAAAAAGGGAGACAAGAGCAGAGAUCGAGGUCAGGAUCGAAGCUGAGCUUGACAAGAGGAUGAGCACCGUGGCAGCCAUGGCGUCGUCGUCGCUGAACCCGAACGCGCCGCUCUUCAUCCCGGCGGCGUACAGGCAGGUGGAGGACUUCUCGCCCGAGUGGUGGGAGCUCGUCAAGACCACCGCUUGGUUCCGCGACCACUGGUUCCGCCAGCACCAGCUCCACGAGGCCGCCUACGACGCCGCCUUUGCCGCCGACGCAGCGGACGACUUCGACGUCGCCGCGCUUCUCCCCGAUGACUCCGUCGACCUCCUCGACAUGGUCGACACCGACGACCUCUUCUACGCGCCCGACGUCCACCACCACCAGGCCGCCAAGCCGGCGCCGGCGCCCGGGUACGACCUCGACGUGCUCAGGGCGCUCAGCGUCAGCUCCCCCAGGGCUGCCGCCACUGUCGUCGCCGCGCCGUCGCCGCAGCAGCAGAGGUACGCGGACAAGCCGGCGUACCACGCCGGCGGCAGGGGCGCCGCCCGCCGCGCCAUCCACCAGCCUCGCUAGAAGAAGAGCACCUUCUCCUCCUGCCACCAUGGCUGCUGUGCCUAGUGUAACCUCAAGCAAUUAAGGUAGUCUUUCUGUGUAUACAACUAAAAAAAACCAGAGGGGGGAUUCGGCGGGCCAAGGCGGCCAGUGCUCUCUCCUCGUAGCUAGUUUUUCGCCUGUUCAGCUCAGUUCUUGUUCAUCCAGCCGUGUUAGAAAACAAAAACAAAAACAAACCCCCCAAAAAAAGAGGCAGACGGAGUGAUGUACUGUUCCUCCUCCCAUGUCCAUGUUGUUGAAUAUAUGAUGGCAAGCAGUCUGAUCUUUACAACUCUUCGCCAGGUGUUUCUUGUU